AUGGAUCCGAUGAAUAGAAGCCCUGCUCUGAAUCCUUCCUCUACUCCUUUCUUUCCGGGUGGAUUGCUGGCCAACGAGGAGGACGGUAGAGGAUCCAGUCUUGGGUACAGGAUGCAAUCGAACAGAGAACAACACUACAGCACCUCGUCCUCCCUCUCCAUCUCGCCGUCCGACUAUCGUUCCAUUCGGUCUUCUCCUAGUCCUUUCCCGGAUGACCGCGACCGCAGAUCAGACUCUGCACAACAGCAGUCCAACGCGCCAGUAGAGGAAACGCGUAACUCACCCGCGGUUGGUGGCCUGGAGUCGGAUAGGACAUACACUGUCACUCUGAACGAGAGGCGAGUGUCUAGGAGCAUGUCUAGCAAUACGGACGGCACGCAGGACGAGGGGUUGACCCCAGGGCCGGGAUCAUCGAACGGGCAGCUGUCGGGCUCAUCGGCUAACACACCACCGGUGCUAGUCGAGAGCGGUCCUCCCAAGGCGACUCCCUUCGCGCCGUUCGUGGCAUCAUCUUCGCCAGCUUCCUCACUCGACUCAGGAAGCCACUUCGCGUCGAGCGCCGAUCUGUCGACCAGUUUUGAUGCGCAGCUCAGAGCAUCGCCAUUCAUUUCUGAGUUGCUGGACCGCCUCCUGCGUUGCGAGUACACGUCGCGCGAGAUACAGCGAGACCUGUCGGACGUGCAUCGCAAGGUCGAGUUGCUGGUCGAGCGGACAGCUAACCAAAACGGCGCGCCCGAAUUUGGCAACCCCUUCGCUCCCAAUGCCAACGGUUCACAGACGCUCUUCUCGUCCGGGAAUGGACCCCGCGCGUCGAUGGGAGCGAGCAUUGCUCCGAACCAGAACGCUCCGUCGGAUGAUAUCACGCAGAUCUCGACCCGCCUCAACACGCUCACCACGUCCGUUGGCCAACUGUUGGCACUCCAGACGCAACAGAUGCAGGCUGUCAAUUCUGGUCUCGCUAUCAACUCCGGUCUACAGAACCCGAUGCUCGGCGCAGGGCUACCGCCAGGGGACCUUAGUGCCAACCAGGCCAACGCUCCGCACUUACAACAAACGAAUUCGCUGUUGGGCAAUGGGCUGCCGAGCCGCCCGGAGAUGCGAGGCAAUGGACGUGUACCGAACCCUCCGAUGCGCACCUGGUCCGCUGGAAAUCUCGACAUACCGAUGCGCUCCACGGACUCAUCUACAGGACCGCUAGGACGUCAGGACUCGAUGCUCCGUGUUGACAAACGUCGAUCCGUGUCGGACGCUUUUUACUUCGCUCCGAAUUCACUGCUGAUGCUCGAUCCUCAGGGUGAAAGUCUGGCAAGUGUGUCGACAUCCAGAGAAGGUGGACCGGUCAUCACGAAAUGGGAGCAAUUAAAUCUCGCCCCUGACCUGUUGCGAUCACUGAAUACUUUUGGUGUCGGGCCGCCGAACAAGAUCCAACAGCGUGCUUUGCCUUUUCUCCUUCGCGGUGCCGAUAUCAUAGCCCAGGCUCCGCCUACACAGGAAAGGAUUGCGGCGUAUGUGAUUCCGGCUAUCCAUAGCGCUUUGACCAAUUGGAAUGCUCGCACCGUCCUGCGGGGUCCAAUCGUCGUCAUGGUGUCGACGACGGUCGACCAAGCUACGCAAGCUCAACGCAUGAUCCGCGAUCUCGGUGGUCCGAUUGGCAUCAAGUCGGCUUUGGGUGUUGGGGCUACGGGUGCAGGUGCUGACUUGAGCCAGGAGUUGCGUAUCCUGCAACAGAACAUGCCUCACAUCAUCUGCGGUACGCCUCAGAAGCUCCAUGCUCUCUUCACGACUCCUGGAGGCCUGUCUGGUUCGGAGGUCCGCUUCCUAGUGCUCGAUGAAGUCGAUCAGCUCAUAGCGCGUAACUUACACGAGUUCGUCUUCAACAUCAUCAAGCAAUUGCCGCCUCCUCGCUCUCGUGCCCUGCCAGGCAGCUCUGGUACCCCGGCCACAACUCCUGGAUCCGGGAGCCAGACGGCGUUUGCGGCGUUUGAAUCGGGCGGCGGCUCGUCGUUGACGGCCAACUUCCCCAACUCGAAUAGACGGCUGUCUGCCAUCGGGAUGCGCUCGUCACCACCGAUUGAACUGACGAACGGAAGCCAAGGAACGGCGAUUGAGCGGCAAACAGCCUUGUUCUCAAACACGGUGCCCCAAGACGUCCUCAACCUGGCGUCAGCCAUUCAGCUACGGGAGCCUGUUAGAGUGCUUGUCCGCCGCGACGGCAAUGCAAUUUAUCUGUACCUUGCGUUCACCGCCAGUGGUCGAUCUGAUGCCCCUCUGCCCCCUGGUGGUUUGGGCAUCAUUGGCUCUGGUCGGGGUGCUACAAGCGCUGAGACCGCACAGGCUAGGGAAUGGAAGCUGGACGCGCUUGCGGAUCUGUUCGACGAUCUCGAAAUCCCGCAAGCCAUCAUACACGUCGGCGGUAUGACCGCGUUGGAUGCAGUCGUCUACAAGCUGGCGAGCAGGGGUCUUGAGGCGGUUCCCCUGCAUGGAGACAUGAAUGCCGGAGCUAAAUUGGCUGCCUUGAACAAGUUCCGAAGCCCGCCCACUGGAAUCAUGCGGCAGCCUACUACGAAGGUUCUGGUCGUUCUUACCUCAGCAAAUACAGAUUUGCCAAAAGCUGUCGAAGAAUACGCCCACCGGUAUGUUCGCACUUCAUUCCGCUUGUAUUCAUCUGAUACUGAGCUAUACUACAGUGUCGCUCCCGCCAUCGCACCUAGCUACUCUCGCGCAGGCGUCGUCGUGAACUUCGUCACUGCUACCGGGGGCGAUGUGGAAAUGCUGCGCUCCAUAGAGUGUUUCUACAAGAUCAAAUGCCCAGAAGUUCCUAUGAGUCUCCGCGACAUUGUUUAA